AUGAAUGUUGAAGACGAAGAUCUGGUGCAUGAAAGUGACGUUAAAAAAUUGAGAGGAAAAACUUUAGAUUAUUCAUUUUGUAUCACAGUCGCAGACACGAACGAAGACGAGGAAUCGCGGGGUUUUCACAAUUUGUACAAUAAAUUUAAAUUUUCUUUGGCACUACAGAAUCAUUUGCUGAUGCAUUUAAAGACCAAAAUAUCUGACGUCAUUGUUGUUAUAGUAAUCGUCCUCCGUUACAAGGCGUUAUUGCAUUCCGUAACGUCUUUCAAUACAGAACAUUCUACUACCUUAGAAGGUAGAGCUCAUAUUUUUAGAACGAGCUUUGACAGAAAAGUUGUACAAGUGAAAUCAGAGAUGAAAUUAUUUACCAACUUAAAGCGUAUCCCAGUAACCUUUCUUUGUUGA